AUGGGAGAGAAGAGUGGUGAGAUUGAGAUAGAGGGAGGGAGUAUGUUCAGCGAGGCAAUGAGAGGAGCUCAAAAUGCUUACUGGGCCCAAGAUUGGAAAGCCUUCAGGCAAAUCUUUGAGAAAAACAAGAAAGAACUGCUCAAUAAUUUCGACUUGUUUGAGGACUCCGCCCUCACCAUCGCAACUCGCAGCGAUGAUCCUAAGCUCUUGCAGGAUUUGCUGGAGAUGCUAUCUGAACAAGACAGGUGGCUCGCCUUGACCAAGCCUAACUGUCGAGGCAACACUAUUCUUCACAACAUCGCCUUACGGAAGAGACUGUCCGUACGGAUGGUAGAGCUUAUAUUCAAGUAUGAAAACCAGGCGGCGGCGACACUGCCGGAGGAGGAGAAGAAAAAGAGGGGGCCGAGAUUACUGGAGAGGAAAAACGAAAGAGGUGAAACGCCACUGUUCAGGGCUGCUGCGUUCGGCAACCUCAAGAUGCUUCAGCAUGUGUUCGCCAGCCAUUUUGUAGAAGCAGCUCAGUCUGAGGUUGACGCUCUCAAAAUUCAUCAAUACAGCAAAACCGAGACCAUUCUUCUGCUAGUAUUAAUAGCCAACAUUUUGGUCUGUACUUCAAUUCAGAGAUCACAUUGCUUAUUACACUAUGUAGCUCUUUGGAUAAUUAGCAAAAUGAACGGGAGAAGCCUAGUUAUGGAGCUUAAUGAAAGGAAGUUCACUUGUCUUGAGCUUCUUGCUAGCUUGCCCCAAGCUUUUCGGAGCAACUACCCUAUGGAAUCGUCCCUCACCAAACUCGUCUACCAUUUGCUUCCCGAUGAAAGAUACCAAUUAAUUGAAGCUACCAAUAGCUCCGAGUCAUGUGGGCAUCACACAGACAUAGAAACUGGCCCACAUGAGAGUGCCAAGCCGCCAAUUUCAGUAUUCACGGGGAUUGAAUCUCUCUGGAAUGAUAAGAGGAAUCAUCAGCUAGCAAAACGUGUGGCGGAGUUGCUGGUGAAGCACGACUUCUCGUGGCAGAUCUCGUAUAGUAAUCGCACAAUUCAAGAUUCACAGGUCCAACUGCCACCUGUUCUUUACAACGUCGAAAAGAGGAAACAACAAUUGGAACAGAAGGAAGAGAAAGAAGAUGAUCAGACCAAGCUACAACAUUACAGCACACCAUUGUUCAUAGCAGCUAGCACUGGGAUUGAAGAGAUCCCGUUAGGCACCGUCAAUUGA